ACACAGCAAAUAUGCUAGGUAUUAAUCCUGGAUAUAAUAUUACCUCUCUUGUCAAGAUAUUAAUUUAAUUAAUAAUAAUAUUAUUAUUUAAAAAAAGGGAAAAAUGUCUAGUCAAGUGAUAUCAUCCAAUAAAUUUAAACGUCUAGUUAUUAAUAAAGCAAUGAAUUUGAUACCACGUUUAACUGAUAAGCAAAUAUUGAAGGGAAUAAAUGCUGAAAUCAGCGAAAAAGAAGUGUUGGAUAUUGCCUUAUUUCUACCAGACAUCUUAAUGACUGAACCUGUUUGUCUCCAGUUAGACUUGACUGAACCUAUCACAAUUAUCGGUGAUAUAUACGGUCAAUAUGGACAUUUAUUAAGAAUAUUAAAUUAUUAUGGUCAUCCACCAGAGAAAAAAUAUUUAUUCCUUGGGAAUUAUAUUAAUCAUGGACCACAGAGUAUGGAGACUAUCCUACUUUUAAUUAUCUAUAAAGUAUGCUAUCCAAAGUCAAUAUACCUGUUAAGAGGUAAACAUGAAUGUGUACGGUUGACAAAAGCACAUGGUUUUUAUAAAGAAUGCGGUAAACGAUUCAGUUUAAAUUUUUGGCAUAUUCUAAUGGAAAUAUUUCAGUAUAUGCCAAUUAUGGCAAUUAUAGAAAAUGAAAUCUUCUGUGUACACAGUGGUAUCUCACCGAUGAUUGAACAAUUCGAUAUUAAAUCACAAACACAAUUUAUUGCCUUUAUUGAACAAAAUAUUAUUCUACCCGCAGAUAUUGAAAGUAAUCGUUUAUUAAUGCAUUUUAUAUGGUCUGAUCCUGAUGAUGAAACUAAUGGAUGGGAUCAAAACCCUUGUGGUCAAGGUUAUCUGUAUGGAUCGAAUGCAGUGAGUGAAUUUUGUAAGCGUAUAGGUGUAAAACAAAUUGUCCGUUCAAGUGAAUUAAUGUUGAAGGGUUAUGAAUUUUUUGUUAAUCCACGUCUAUUGACGAUAUUUUCAGCACCAGAUUUUACACGAAAAUAUGAAAAUGAUGCCGCUAUGCUAUAUUUGUAUAAAUUGGACUCAGAGUUAAAUAAUAACGGUAAUAAUAAUAAUAUAGGUGCACAGAUUCGAUUGAUUCAACCAAUUAUCCGUCUAAGGUGUAAACCAACACUACGAAUGAAUAUUGCACUAAAUGAUAUCAGUGUUAAUUUAGCCACUGGUAAGUUGACUGUAAUUUUUUUCCUUGCCGUUUAUUUUCUCAUGUGACAAAUAAUAAUUAUUACAGAAGAGGAUUGUGUAUGAAUGGAAUGCAAUUUAUCCGAAGGCCUAGUACACACGCAUUCGACUACUCUUAAACCCUGUGAGAACAAUACAGAAAGGCAACACUAACUACCAAAUUGUAUGGUACAAUUGUAAAUAUACUGGAGAACUAGUCUAAACAUCAAAAAUGUGCACAACGUCGAAUAUCCUCAUGAUAUUCGACACGCAAUGAAAUAUAUGUAUAUAUAUAUACUUCAAUUUUCAAGUAUCUCAUAGAGAAU